AAGAGGUGGGUGGGGGCAGAACCUCGGCGUCCCAGGAAGUGGCUUCUCCGACUGGGACAAAGGACAAGUGUGUGCAGUGUGGACUGUGCAGGUGAAGGGAGCGGAGAGGCACCGAGUCCCGAUUUGGAAUCAUGGCAGACGCGACCAAAGAUACCAGUGAAGUUGACUUUCCGACAAUCUUUCAAAGUCACAGUGUUGAUGCAAUGGAUCCAAGUGCCAAAUACAACAUGAAGCACAGCAGGCGAGGCGUUGCCCUGAUCUUCAACCAUGAGCACUUUUACUGGUAUCUGGGAAUGCCCAGCAGAGGAGGCACAAACGCGGACAGAUUUAAUCUGGAAAGAAGGUUACAAGAUCUCGGUUUCGAUGUGUCUGCGUACGACAACCUCAAAACAAUCGAAGUGUUGGAGACCAUUCACAAAGGUAACACUUGAGCUUUAGUCACAUUUGAACGGGCCAUUGUAUAAGGCUCUGGUU